CGCAAGGCUGCAAGAUGCAUGCACACAGUGGUUGCAAGUCAGCAUUUACCCUCAGAUGACUCAGCAUUAGGUUCCUCCCACGAAACCAUGACCGAAUAUUCAUUCACUCAUCUAUACUCGCUCCCCAAGGGCGAGAUACUGGGCCAGUAAAGGCAAAAAAAAGGGAAAUGGGCAGACACGCCAAAAGACCCCGAAGAGAUGUGACCAAGCUGUCUGGCAAGGCAUUAUCUGAAACCCUAGAGCCGUCCUUGGUUCUGAGUGCGGAGAACACCACUGCAGAAGAGCAGUGGGUGACCUCGAACGAUUUAACGGAAACUGGGCUCCAUUUCAUUCCAGAGGUGUUCCAGCAGACGACACUGUAUCUGCUGACUAACGUCAACAAGUCUUCGAGUGUGCUGUUUCGGGCUGAUAUUCUCUUUGAUAGUGAGGCGGGGUUGAGCACGCCCAAGGAGCAGGAGAGAGACUCGGGAGGGCUAUCUGUCGAGGACGGAAGUGAGUGUGAGAGCGGGAAUGAUAGCGAAGAGCCCGUGGAUCCGUUGCCUGCUCGGGAGGUCAAUGGCUUUGUUUUGACCCGGACGGUGGUGAGGAGGUUGAUUCCUAGGAAUCCACAACUGGAUCAGUCACUGGAUCAAACAUGUCAUUUUUAUAAGGAGGAGGAUGCUGCUGCUGCAUCGACUGAUGGGUCGUCGACGAUGAGACGGUUCCUAGUUGUGUAUACGGCCCAUGUUGCCUCGAAGGAGGAUAUGCCGUAUUACCACCCGGUUGUUCGGUCUUUGGCUAUGCUGUAUGAUUAUGAUACUAGUUUUAUAGAGACGACGGUGUCUAAACCCGACCCGGGAGCCGAAACUACGCCUGAGACUGCAGGCGGCGGCGCAGCUGCAAUUGGAACUGGAACUGGCACUGGUGUAUUGUCCGUCCAUUUUAUCCCCUACCCAGACGAACCAAUCCCCACUCGCCUCGAACGGACCCUAAACAACAUCAUCGAGGUGCAGAUUCGACUUGCACAGGGCGCUCGUCUAACCGAGACUCUGGAAUCAGCAAACCACAAUCCGACCAAGGAUAAUGUGCUUCCGCAGCAUCUCGUCCAGAAUACAUACAGUCGACUCAAGGCCAAAUACAGCGCGGACCUCUGUGGCCGCUGGGUUGAGGCGACCGAGCCAAAGAAGCAUGUUUUUGAAGAUAUAGCUGUGGCUGCGUUUCUCAUUGAACUCUGGAGGAACAUGUAUGGAUGUGUUCCUUCAGACGAGCAGUCCCAAACCCGACCAAAUAACAGCACGGAAAGAAAACAUCCAUCAGAACCCUUCCCCGGCUUCGUCGACGUCGCAUGUGGAAACGGCGUGCUCGUCUACCUUCUCAUUCAAGAAGGAUACCAAGGCUGGGGCUUCGACGCCCGGCGGAGGAAAACCUGGACUAUAUUCCCCAAGUCUGUACAAGACCGUCUGAAAGAGGAAAUCUACAUCCCGAAACCCUUUGCAGAUGAACUCUCCCCUCCUCCUCCUCCUCCUCCUUCAUCCCCUCCUACCCGCCCCUCUGACGACGACGACAAGGAGAAGAAAAAGAAACAAGAUCCCAAGAACGACCUAAUCCCCGGCGUGAAAACCCACACGGGCACCUUCCCAAAACACACCUUCAUCAUCUCCAACCACGCAGACGAACUCACAAUCUGGACCCCGAUAAUGGCCACUCUCCUGAACCCAGCCUCGCCCUCGCCCUUCCUCGCUAUCCCAUGCUGCUCGCAUUCCCUCUCCGGCGCAAGACACCGCUACCCACCGCCCCCGUCCACCCACAACCAAGAACAAGACAACGACGACGGCCCCGGCCCCGGCCACGCACUCGAACAGCCCAAAUCCGGCUCCCUCAGGGACCUCCGCAAAUCCAAACAAGACGCCGCAGACCCCAACCAUCAUCCAUCGGCAGCAUUCCUGAAAUCCACCUACGGCUCGCUAACGGCCAAGACUGUUGCGGUUGCCGAGGACGUCGGGUACGCGGUUGAGAAGACGAUCUUGAGGAUCCCAAGCACGAGGAACAUGGGAGUUAUCGGUGGGAGGGUGCGGGCAGGAAGGGAGUGGAGGGCACUAGCUUCGUCAGAAUCUGGCCUUUCUUUAUCGGGAUCAGUAGGGAAUGCGAGUGCAGGUGCAGGUGCAGGUGCUGGUGGAGGGUACGAUCAUAAAGCUCUAGAGGUUGUGAGGAAAGAGUGUGCGCGUGAAGGAGGGGUAUACGUUGCAGCGAAGACUUGGAUUGAAGGGGCGAAGAAGUUGCAUUUCGUUCAGGGGCGGUGCAAGUCAAGUCAGCAUGGUGGUUGAUUAGGGGGUUCGUUCAUCUGCUUGAUGGGAUCUGGGCGUAUUGAGGAUCCGACGAGAACUAACUAAUCCGAGGGAUGUUGUAGAUAGAUAGAUAGAUAUUAGAUUAGAUCCUUGAUUGGGUUUGUAUAUACCGCAUACAUACAUAUAUAGCACAUGAGUUACGACUUAGGAGGUAUGUAUGGUAUCAGCCAAUGAAGUCAGUGUCAUAUCAUGUACAUUGAUUGGGGUGUUGGCUACCGAUGUUCUAGCCAUAUAUAUCUAAAUCCGAGGUAUAAAAUCUAUUUAGG